CCGGCCGGGGGGUGGGGUCCCGGCGCCCCGUCAGGUCCCUUACGCGGAGAGAGGGUCUGGCACACUGCGUACCUAAGAGACGUUUCAUGAGGUGGAUGGAUUCCGGUGCCCGCGGACUGAGUUUCUCCCAUGUGGAAAGCUAGGAUUAGGGUCAGCACUUGAAGUCCAAGGACAGAGAAUGAGUCGGGAUCGCAUCGAAUCUGUAGAUGAAUUCGAGGUCGGAUUUACAUCUUACCGAAUUGAGCUUUCCGAUCCAUGGACUUGGACUCAGUGGUUUUUGAGGAUGUGGUUGUGGACUUCACCCCGGAGGAGUGGGCUUUGCUGGAUCCUGGUCAGAGGAGGCUCUACAAAGAUGUGAUGCUGGAGACCUGCAGGAACCUGGCCUCACUGGGUGAAAACUGGAAAUGCCCUGGCAUUGAACAUCAGCACAAGAACGAGGGGACAUGUAUGAGGUGUCAUGUGGUGGGGAUACCCUCAGAAAAUAAUGGAAGUAAUCAAUGUGGAGAAACCAAUCAGAUUUCAAAUUUUAUUGUGCAUAAGAGACUUCCUACUGGAGUAAAUUCCUGUGAAUACAUUAAGUUUGAAAAAGCCAUCAUAAAUACUACACCCCUAAAGAGUCCCAUAACAUCAUCUCAACAUGGACAGAAACCCCAUCAAUGUAAGGAAUGUGGGAAAACUUUUAUUUGUUACUCAUCAUUUAGAGCACACGUAAGAGCUCACACUGAAAAGAAACCCUAUACAUGUAAAGAAUGUGGAAAAGCCUUUAUAUACUUCUCCAAACUUAGGGUCCAUAUAAGAAUCCACACUGGAGAGAAGCCUUAUGAAUGUGAAAAGUGUGGGAAAACCUUCAGAUCUCCCUCAAACCUCUGGACACAUAGGGAGACUCAUACUGUUGAGAAACUCUAUGCCUGUAGAGAAUGUGAGAAAUCAUUCUCUUCUCCCUCGUCUCUUAGAAAACAUGCGAAGGUUCACAGCGCAGAGAAAGCCUAUGAAUGUAAGGAAUGUGGGAAAGCCUUUCUUCAUUCUUUUUACUUGAUCAUACAUGCAAGAAUGCACACUGGAGAGAAAGUCUAUAAAUGUGUGGAAUGUGGGAAGGCCUACAGCUGGCCCUCUGACCUUAGGAUUCACAUGAGAACACACUCUGGAGAAAAGCCUUAUGAAUGUAAACAGUGCCAGAAAUCCUUCAGUUCCCCCUCAUCCUUUAAGGGACAUCUGCGAACUCACACAGGAGAAAAACCGUAUGCGUGUAAUGAAUGUGGGAAAGCCUUCAGCAGUCUCUCAUACUUUAGAACACAUGUGAGAAUUCACACUGGAGAGAAACCCUAUAUAUGUAAGCAAUGUGGGAAAGCUUUCAGUUGGUCAUCAUCAUUUCGAGGACAUUUGAGAACUCAUAGUAGAGAGAAACCCUGUAAGUGUAAGGAAUGUGGUAAAAUCUUCAGUAGACUCUCAUCCCUACAAAGACAUGUGAGAAAUCACAGUGGGGAGAAACUCUAAAUGUAAGCAGUGUGGGAAAGACUUCUGUAAUCCCCUAUCCUUAAAAAAAAAAAAGACAGGAACUCCCACAGGAGGGAAACCCUAUGUCAGCAAAUGUGGCAAAACCAUGUAAAUUAAUAUCACUUAUUGUGUACAAAAAUUGCUUACUAUUAGAAAAUUUUUAUAAGCAUCUUAGUUUUUUUUUUUUAUAAGCAUCUUAUAUUGUUGGCUUUAUUAGUGCCUUAUUCUUAAAAUAGGCUCCUAUCACAUUAUUUACAAUUUUUUUUUAAGAUUUUAUAUAUUUG